UGCCGGCAGCUCCUCUUCCCCGCCGACCAGCGCGUGGACAACUGCAUCGGCGGCGUCAUCCUCUUCCACGAGACCCUCUACCAGAAGGCCGACGACGGGCGCGCCUUCCCCGCCGUCAUCCGCGCCAAGGGCGGCCUCGUGGGCAUCAAGGUGGACAAAGGGGUCGUCCCCCUGGCUGGCACCAAUGGUGAAACCACCACCCAAGGCCUGGCCGGGAUCGUGAGCUGCGCCCAGUACAAGAAGGACGGCGCCGACUUCGCCAAGUGGCGCUGCGUGCUCAAGAUCUCGGAGCACACGCCGUCCGCGUUGGCCAUCAUGGAGAACGCCAACGUGCUGGCGCGCUACGCCAGCAUCUGCCAGCAGCUGCUGACGGCCGUGUACAAGGCGCUGUCCCUGCAUUGUCCCCAAUGUCCCCAAUGUGUUCCCAAUGUCCUCAACGUGUCCCCAGGUGCUGGCCGCCGUGUACAAGGCACUGUCCCCAACGUGUCCCCAAUGUCCCCAAUGUCCCCCCAGGUGCUGGCCGCCGUGUACAAGGCGCUCAGCGACCACCACAUCUACCUGGAGGGGACGCUGCUCAAGCCCAACAUGGUGACGGCCGGACACUCCUGCAGCAAGAAGUUCAGCGCCGAGGAGAUCGCCAUGGCGACGGUGACAGCGCUGCGGCGCACGGUGCCGCCCGCCGUGCCGG